UUGGGGCUGGCGCGCGCGGCGAAUCUUAAAGCUCCUUCGUCUGCGGGUGCUUCCGGGCCACCAGUUACUCUGCCUUUCACCCUGGCGCCCCCCAGCCCUGGCUCUCCAGCCGCGCUGCCCCGGGCAUCUAAGCCCUGCGGGCUCAGCGGACUCAGCGGAUUCAGCGGGCUCAAUCUGCGCAGCACCUCCUCCAUGUUGACCAAGCCUCUUCAGGGGCUCCCAGCGCCCCCGGUCACCCCCACGCCGCCCCCAGGAGGCAAGGAUCGAGAAGCAUUCGAGGCCGAGUACCAACUCGGCCCCCUCCUGGGUAAAGGGGGCUUUGGCACUGUCUUCGCGGGACACCGCGUCACGGACCGACUGCAGGUGGCCAUCAAAGUGGUCCCCCGGAAUCGUGUGUUGGGCUGGUCUCCCUUGUCAGAUUCAGUCAUGUGCCCACUCGAAGUGGCACUGCUAUGGAAGGUGGGUGCCGGUGGUGGGCACCGUGGUGUAAUCCGCCUGCUUGACUGGUUUGAGACACCAGAGGGCUUCAUGCUGGUCCUUGAGAGGCCUUUGCCUGCCCAGGAUCUCUUUGACUACAUCACAGAGAAGGGCCCGCUGGGUGAAGGCCAAAGCCGCUGCUUAUUUGCCCAGGUGGUGGCAGCUGUCCAGCACUGCCAUGCCCGUGGAGUUGUCCAUCGUGACAUCAAGGAUGAGAACAUCCUGAUAGACCUCUGCCGGGGCUGUGCCAAACUCAUUGAUUUUGGUUCAGGUGCCCUGCUUCAUGAUGAACCUUACACUGACUUUGAUGGGACAAGGGUGUACAGCCCCCCGGAGUGGAUCUCUCAGCACCAGUACCAUGCUCUCCCAGCCACUGUCUGGUCACUGGGUAUCCUCCUCUAUGACAUGGUGUGUGGGGACAUUCCCUUCGAGAGGGACCAGGAGAUUCUGGAGGCUGAGCUCCACUUUCCUGCCCAUGUCUCCCCAGACUGCUGUGCCCUAAUCCGCCGGUGCCUGGCCUCCAAACCCUCUUCCCGACCCUCAUUGGAGGAGAUCCUGCUGGACCCCUGGAUGCAAACACCAGCCGAGGAUGAGCCCCCCAACCCCCCCAAAGGAGGCCCCACCCCCUUGGCCUGGUCCCUGCUCCCCUAGGCCUGGCCAGGCCCCCACUGGUCAGAAUAGCCAUCCCAUGGCCAUGCCACAAGGUUAGAUGGACAUCUGUUGACCUGGUUUUACAGGUUAUUAAAAAUCCAGUAUUACUAAGGUCAGGGAUUAGGGAUGAGGGGUCAGAAGACAUAAGCCAAGUCUGCCCAGUCCCCGUCCCAAUCUUGUGAAGGAGCCUUCCUCCUAGAACCUGUGGUCCCUUAUUCUGGAGGGGGGGCUUCCUUGUUUCUCAUUUUGUUAAUGGUGUUUGGUUAAAGUUACUUCUAUUUUGAGCCCCAGGACCUUUAUUCUGAUCACUUGUAACCCCUACACUGGCACCUCCUACUACCACCACACACACUUAGUUCAAAUACUCUUACUUGGGCAAGGGUGCUUUUCUUCCAGUACCCCAGCAGAUCUUAUUUUAGCGAAGGGACGCUUUCCCCUAGCCUAGAGUCCCAUAUUCGGUUAAGCUGCUUGCCUACCUCAGCCCAGGAUUGCUUAUUCUGAGGGAGGUAGUGCCCUAUUGUUAUCCCAGGGCUCUUUUUUUUUUUUUUUUUUUUUUUUGGUGAGGGGACCCUACUCUGUAAUCCCAAGUGCCCUUAUUCUGGUGAGAAGAACCUUACUUCCAUGAUUUGGGAAGGAAUGGAAGAUGGACACCACCGGCCACCACCAGAGACUUAGGAUGGGAUGGAUGGUUUUUUGGGGAAUGGGCUGGGGGAAAUAAGUUUUGCUAUUUGUUCUCCUUGGGCCCCCCCUCUCCAACUUUUGCAGAUUCUUGCUGCCUCCUCCUGAGCCAAAAUUGUCCAAUUGCUAAAAUAAUUAGAUGUGUAUUGGGAGGAGGGGAACGCCAAGUGUGCCCUCCUUUCCUUUCUCCACCUGCUUGGAUUAUUUAAAAAGCCAUGUGUGGAAACCCACCAUUUAAUAAAAGUAAUGGAAUCAGAA